AUGUCCAGUCUCGUGGAUGCGGUCCUGCAGUCCGAGCUGGGAGGCUCGGGGUCAGGUGCCCGUGACAACAUGCGGUCCGACAACCUCCCCAGCUCGCGACGCUCUGAGAGCAAUGGACCCAUGAGUGACAUGAAUGCGUUUCCCGAUGAUCGGGUGGUGGGCGCCAGUACCUCUGCAGUCAAUCGCCUACGAAACCCCUAUGCCCCCGGUCCGGCGCCCGUGGUCGACGAGGCGGGUGAACGGGUGCGCGCCGAAUUUGAAGAGCUCUUGGAAACAUUCAUGGAAGACCCCUCUUCCUCUGCGCCCCCUUCCUCGGGGGAGAUUUUAAGUGACAAGUAUUACAUUGCCCAGAUCAAGGGGUUGAAAAAAUUUGAGCUAUCAACACUUUACGUCGAUUUCAAUCACUUGGCCAAGUGGCACAAUCCCAUCUUGGCGGAUGCGAUUGCGGAGCAAUAUUACCGAUUCCUGCCCUUCCUCACCAAGGGUCUGCACAAUUUGGUUGCCAAGUAUGAACCUGAAUAUUUCGUCUCCCACCGACUUGCCUCAAGCGCUUCCUCGCAACCGAGCACCUCGGUCGCCUCCGCCUACGCCAGUGUGAACGACAACCCCGAUCUCGAACGCCAGAUCCGCGAGAAGACCCGCCACCAACAGACCGAUAAGCUGUUUGCGCUAGCUUUCUACAACCUGCCACUCGUGUCUCGUCUGCGCCAGCUGCGGACAAAGCAGAUCGGGCGAUUGCUCUCCGUGUCGGGAACCGUCACACGGACCUCGGAGAUCCGACCAGAGCUCUCUCUCGGCACCUUUAUCUGCGAGGGAUGUCGAACCGUGGUGCCGAAUGUCGAGCAGACCUUUAAGUACACGGAACCCACGGAGUGUCCCAACGCAGUGUGCGGUAAUCGCUUUGGCUGGCGAUUGGACAUUGGCAAGAGUACUUUUGUCGACUGGCAAAAAGUAAAGCUGCAGGAAUCAUCGCACGAGAUCCCAACGGGAAGCAUGCCUCGCACAAUGGAUAUCAUUCUUCGUGGCGAGAUGGUCGACCGUGCCAAGGCCGGCGAGCGCUGCAUUUUCACAGGUACUCUGAUUGUGGUCCCGGAUGUUAGUCAACUGGGACUGCCGGGGGUGCGUCCCGAGGCCGUUCGAGACAACAGCUCCUUCCGAGGCAGUGAAGUCGGCGGCGGAGGCGUGUCUGGGUUGAAAGCCCUCGGAGUACGUGACCUCACCUAUCGCCUCGCUUUCCUCGCGUGCAUGGUCACCCCAGACACCUCGACCCCCGGUCAAAAGCCGGAGCAACAGCUCAGCGGGCAGGCCAAUAACAUUUUGGCCUCCUUGAAUCAAAAUUUGGACCCGGAUCUGAACGAUGAGAAGGCCCAAGAGGCGUUCUUGAACAGUUUGACCGCAAGCGAGGUCGAGGAUCUGAAGCGACUGGUUCACUCAGAGUAUAUCUACGGUCGUCUGGUUGACUCGAUUGCUCCCAUGAUCUGGGGCCACCGGCAGGUUAAGAAGGGUCUUCUCUUGCAAUUGGUGGGUGGUGUGAGCAAGACUACCCAGCAGGAAAGCCUGCAGCUUCGUGGUGAUAUCAAUUUGUGUAUUGUUGGGGACCCCUCCACCAGCAAGAGUCAAUUCUUGAAGUAUAUCUGUUCUUUGCACCCCCGUGCUGUCUAUACCAGUGGUAAAGCCUCUUCUGCAGCUGGUCUGACAGCCUCGGUUGUCAAGGAUGCCGAGACGGGCGAAUUCACGAUCGAGGCCGGCGCGCUGAUGCUUGCUAACGGAGGUGGUAUCUGUGCCAUCGACGAGUUUGACAAGAUGGAUAUUGCAGACCAGGUUGCAAUUCACGAGGCCAUGGAACAGCAGACGAUCUCGAUCGCCAAGGCAGGCAUCCAUACAACCCUGAAUGCUCGGGCAUCCAUCCUCGCGGCAGCCAACCCCAUUGGUGGCCGCUACAAUCCCAAGUUGACGCUGCGUCAAAACUUGAACUUCAGCGCACCCAUCAUGAGUCGUUUCGACGUCUUCUUCAUCAUUCGGGAUGACCCCAAGGAGCAUGUGGACCGCAAGCUUGCCGACCACAUCAUCAAUGUGCACAUGAACCGCGACGAGGCCGUCCAGCCCGAGUUGAGCACAGAACAGCUCCAGCGCUACAUCCAAUUUGCACGAACCUUCAAGCCCACUUUCACCGAUGAGGCAAAGGCACUUCUUGUCCAACGGUACAAGGAACUGCGUGCCAACGAUGCCCAAGGUGGUAUUGGUCGCAGCUCGUACCGUAUCACGGUCCGUCAACUUGAGUCCUUGAUCCGUCUCUCCGAGGCGGUAGCCAAGGUCAACUGUGUGGAGGAAGUCACUCCCAAGUUUGUCAAUGAGGCCUAUGAUCUGCUCAAGCAGAGCAUCGUGACCGUGGAGAAGGAUGACGUCGAAUUCGACGACGAAGCCCUGCCUACCGACCGAAACGCCGACGAAGAUGAAGAGAUGGCUGAUCGUGACCGCGACGGCGACAGUCCCAUGCGUGAUGAUGGCGAGGCUGCGGCCGUGGCCACAUCCGUGGAGAAGCCUGAGCGUCAAAAGACCAAGAUCACCUACGAGAAAUAUGCCAAGAUUCUCAACUUCAUUGUUCAGCGCAUUCGGGAGGAUGAAGUCCAGCAGGGUGAAGGUGUCGAGCAAGAGGACCUUAUUAUCUGGUACCUGGAGCAAAUUGAGGCUGAGCUGGACACCCAGGAAGAUCUGACUCGCGAACGUGACCUCUGCUCCAAGGUCAUCAAGCGGAUGGUUCGCGAGGGGAUGCUGCUGCGCAUCACGUCGAGCUUGGAGGAGGAGGAAUCCAACCAACCCAGUGGCGAGGACGACAAGGUUCUCUAUGUCCUGCACCCCAAUGUCGCCUUUGAAGAGUUGUAA